AUGCCUUCAGUGCAGCUUGACUUUGGUGGAGCAGUCGUUGUGUUAAAGCAGCUCUGGACGAUAUUUGGAGUGCUUGCAGUGAUAAACAUCCUUCUUGGCAUCAAGUUGAGCAUGCUUAAGGGGCAAUUCAAGACGCAACCUCAGCGGCGACCAGCAGCACCUCCGACGCAAGUCCACCAGAGUCCAAAAAGCUUCUACGACACCGACGGUGUAACGGGAUACAGCUAUGACGUCGUUCCCGACAUCCUGCAUCUCGUCAGGUACAAUCAGGCGGAGCUCAGCUUUGCUGACGCUGUGUUCUACCGCUCUAUGUACCUCAACCACAGACCGCGGAAGAUAAUGGUCCACUGUAGUCCGUGUGGAUUCACUGGGCCCUACGCUCGCUUGGUUGAAGGCAUUCCGUUCACUUAUGUGCCGACAGUAUUCCCCACAGAGGUCUUCGGCACACCUAUCAAUCCAGAAUUUGGCCACCACUCAACGGACAUUGUGCGCAUGCGUGUCCUGAUGCGUUACGGGGGCAUCUACCUCGACGCGGACGUGUUCGUGGUGCAGUCUCUCCGACGGUUUCUUCGUUACGAGGCAACCGUGGGUUGCGUAGAAGAUGGCACUUUUGGCAACAUGAUAAUGAUCGCGCACAAAAACUCCCGCGUCAUGCGUCUGUUCAUGGACACCUACCGCGAGUUCAAUGCAUCACUGUGGGACUACAAUUCCGCAGAAGUGCCCACCAAGGAACUGGUUGAAAAGCGGCGACACCUGUUCCACCGCAUGUACCAUGGCCUCGAGACAUACAUGCUCCCAGCUAUCUACUUGCCCCACUUCAUCCCCGACUGGCGCAACGCCUACGCCAUGCACACCUUAAUAAACCACCGCCAUCUUGUGAAAGAGGACCCACUGAUUGGUCAAGAGCUGAACGAGACAACCAUCAGAAACUACGAUACAGCCUUGGGACAGAUGGUUCGCUCAGUUCUUUUCGGCACGUCUGAUUUUGUCGCUCCUGAUGCUCGCUUGCUGAAUGUUACUGAACUGGCUGCCAUGAAGGACCGCGGCGAUGACCUCACUCGAAUGGAUACUGGAAGUUCGAAACCAUUCUAUUAUCCAAAUUAGUUCCCGGGAAUGGAGCCUGCGUUAUCGGCAGCGGUGUUGACACAUGUUUCUUUCACGUCUGUGUAUCCAGGAAUAAACGUUGAUCGCUGAGAGAGUGAAAUCUGCCUUAGUCAACGCCUAACGAUGGUGGAAAACAG